AUGGCAAAUCACUAUGAAGUGCCAAAUUGGGCCGGAAAGCCUCCAACAGGUCUUCAUUUAGACGUAUUAAAAGGCGAUAAGUUGAUUCAAAAACUGAUGAUAGACGAGAAGAAAUGCUAUCUUUUUGGUCGUAACCCUCAAAUGAACGACUUUUGCAUCGACCAUGCCAGUUGUUCUAGAGUGCAUGCAGCUUUUGUUUACCACAAACACUUAAAUAGAGCUUUUUUAGUGGAUCUGGGUAGCACACAUGGCACCUUUAUUGGUCAAAUGCGUUUAGAGGCCCACAAACCUACACAAUUACCUAUUGAUUCAAACUUUCAUUUUGGAGCGUCCACCAGAAACUAUAUUAUUAGAGAAAGACCAACAGGUAAUUCAAGAGGUAUAAUGGAAGAUCUUCCAAAUACAGAGACUGAAGGAGCCCUUCUUGGACUGCCAGAGACUCAGACCGAAUUAGAUAACUUGACGGAAUUCAAUACAGCUCACAACAGAAGAAUAUCUAUGCUGGGAAUAUCUACAGAUGAUGGUAGUGACGUCAUAAAGCCAGCAACAGGAACUAAACGGACGCAAGCUAUGCCGUUAGGGGUGACAAAGAAACAAAAAAGAAAUGUGUCUUUUAAUGAGGAGGUAGAUAUUAUCAACCCUGAGGACAUUGACCCCACUAUUGGCAGGUUUAGAAACUUAGUCAGGUCUACAAUUGUACCAAAUGCUAAUACUCCAAGCAGAAAGUUGAAAUUACAGAGUGCGGAUGAAAGUCAACAUCAUCAUUCUCUCAGGCUGCAAGAGAUCUGUCGAGGCAAUAAUUUGUAUUCUGACUUACCGGCACCAAGUUCUCAUCUUAGCCUUAUAGGAGCAAGAUUGGGUCUAAUGUUGCCAAAUCCCGCGCCAGAUGUGGAAUUAGAGGGUCCAGAACCCCAUCUCAAUAUAAACCCGCCGUUACCUAACAGUGUUGCAGAGGAAUCAGCGCCAUCUAGCGAGCCCAAGAGGAAGAAAUACGCGAAGGAAGCGUGGCCCGGAAGGAAACCGGCUCUUAUACCGAGUGUCUAA